AUGGCUAUUCUACCACAGCCUAGAGUGACACCUUAUGUUCGCCCGUUUACCUUCACUGGUCUAGAUUAUUUUGGGCGGAUCGUGAAGCGUCGUCGUAGUAAUGAGAAACGAUGGGUGGCACUUUUCACGUGCUUGACCAUACGAGCUGUACACGUUGAAGUAGUGCACACGUUAUCUGCUGAAUCCUGUAGACUGGCGAUUCGCCGUUUCAUAUCCCGGAGAGGUGCACCGCAACAAAUAUUCAGCGAUAACGGUACCAAUUUCCGGGGAGCUGCUCGCGUGAUUUCCGAUGAGAUAAAAGUUCUUAAUAAGCAAUUAGCCACCACAUUCACCAAUGCAGAAAUUGAGUGGAUUUUCAAUCCACCUUCCGCUCCCCAUAUGGGCGGUGUGUGGGAGCGGAAAGUACGCUCAACAAACGCGCUCAAAUCUUUGCACCAUAAGCAAAAAAUAAACGAUGAGGAGUUAAUGACACUUUUAUCAGAAGCUGAAAUGAUAGUCAACUCCCAUCCUCUGGCAUUUGUACCGCUGGAAGAUACAACCCAAGAAGCUAUUACCCCGAACAACAUCCUACUUGCGAGCUCGAGUAGUACCAACACUUCAUCAGGGAUACCUGUAAAUGAGGUAAUCUCCUUGAGAGUAAAUUGGAAGAUGAUGCAACAAAUUCUGAAUCAGUUCAGGAAGCGAUGGAUUCAAGGCUACCUGCCAACCAUAGCUCGUCGCACCAAGUGGUUCAACGAUGUUCGCCCGCUUCAAAUUGACGAUCAGGUGGUCAUCGUAGACGAAACGGUUCGUAACGGAUGGUUACGGGGCCGUAUUGUGAAAGUUUAUACAGCGUGUGAUGGGCAAGUAAGGAAGGUCGAUAUUCAAACUUCCUCUGGAGUGUUCCAGAGACCAGCAAUCAAAGUAGCUUUGUUAGACGUCCUGCAGAGUAGUAAGGCCGUUUCAAAAUCAGGCAUUACGGGUCGGGGUGUUAAGGAUUGCGAACGAUAG